AUGUCUGCGGCUGCGUUGCUGGCAGAGUAUGCAAAAGUGGGAUCUGAUGCACUGUACUCAGUCAACUUGUCUGGACCGGCUUCGGGUAUUACCGGUGGCCUGCACGGGCGCUCGACGGUCGAGAUUCAUCGUCGAAGGUAUAGCCGCAAGGGAGCAUUGUGA